AAACCUUCUUACUCGUACGCCUCCCUUAUUUCCCAAGCUAUCGGGUCAACACCCUAUAGAAGAAUGACACUACACGGUAUCUACACUUUUAUCUCGACCAAUUAUCCUUAUUACCAAAUGAACUCCAACGGUUGGCAGAACUCUAUAAGACACAAUUUGUCUCUUAACAAGGCAUUUAUAAAAGUACCUAGAUGUGAUGCCGAGCCUGGCAAGGGUGCAUACUGGACAAUUGAUACAAAUGCAGAGAAGCAAUUCUCUAAUGGAAUUUAUCAUCGCAAUCGACGC